CCAUUCACUCCUCUAUUAAAAUAUCCAAAUGAGGGCUUAUUGGGAUAUACAUAUAAACUGACGGUUACCGCUCAACUGUGUGAUAUGAUUUAGAACGAGUGAAAAAUCUUAGGGUGUCUAGAAAGUUUGGGGUAUUCGUAGCGACUACAAGCUAAUUGAUGCGCUCAUUGUGUAGUGGAACAAAUUAACCGUUACAGACUAUUUCUGAGAGGUGUGGUUAACUGGAACCGAGGGUCAGCAUCAUCAUUUGAUGCCUGUGCAGGGAGACUUAUAUUUUCCGGACGCUGGGUCGGCCUAAACGCCUGAUUAGUCCCCUUGAUAUAGUUCCCCCCUAGAUUGAGUUCUUCCGCAUUGAUGCUUCUGUAACACUAUAGGUGCAAUCUAGAGAUAGACAAUUACAUGGUGUUUUCCUUGACCGAAAGAUUUAAAACUAGCAAAAAUGUCAACGAAAUUAACUUGUGUGUAACAAAACAAAAGAGGAUCCCAGCAAGUUUAUACAGCACACAGGAUUUUUGUGGAAAUUGAAGUUGAUGUUGUAUUGUUUCAGUUGGAGAGACUCGUGGAAUACCGAGAUUUGGUUAUUUUGGGUGUUCUCGGGAUUAGAGAAUUCCGGUGCCGAAUGUAACAGGGAAAACGUAUGACAUCCUCGCUUAAGGAAGAAACGAUGCCGUCGAAAGACGAAGAUACUAGUAAUUCUAUUGGGAGUCCGGAUAUAGACAGUCCAAAUUCCAAGAAGUCGAGGCAGAAACGAGGUCACAGCGGAGUAAACCAAUUAGGUGGUGUAUUUGUAAAUGGCCGGCCACUGCCCGAUUCCACACGCCAGAGAAUUGUAGAACUUGCCCACAGUGGCGCUCGACCAUGUGACAUUUCACGCAUCCUGCAGGUUUCCAAUGGUUGUGUUAGCAAAAUUCUUGGACGUUAUUAUGAGACAGGUUCCAUCCGACCGCGUGCCAUUGGCGGAAGUAAGCCUCGAGUUGCCACACCGGAAGUUGUUGGGAAGAUUGCUCAAUACAAAAGAGAGUGUCCUUCUAUAUUUGCUUGGGAAAUACGUGAUCGACUUUUGUCCGAAGGUUGCUGCAAUCAAGACAAUAUCCCAAGUAUUUCAUCUGUCAACCUGGUGCUUCGAAAUCUUGCAAAAGAAGACCAGGUUUCUUCCAUUAAUCGUGUGCUACGUAAUUUGGCCAGCGAAAACCAGAAGGUUAUGGGACAGGGUGCAAUGUACGAUAAGUUAGGUCUGCUGAAUGGACAAAACUGGCCCCGAACGAACCCCUGGUAUGCUACCAAUAUGGGCGUUCCGGGACUCCCUCCCUCCGCAUACACCUCCCACCAACCCACACCCACCCUCGGAAUGGAGAAGAAAAAUACCGAUGGCUCGGGAUCGGAAAGCAACCAAAGCGAAGGACAAAACAAUGAAACAGACGAACAACUAAGGCUGCGCCUGAAGCGCAAACUCCAACGAAAUCGAACGUCCUUCACAGCAGCUCAAAUAGAGGCUCUUGAAAAAGAGUUUGAGCGAACUCAUUAUCCUGAUGUGUUCGCGAGAGAAAGACUAUCACAAAAAAUUGAUCUCCCAGAAGCGCGUAUCCAGGUGUGGUUUUCAAACAGAAGAGCCAAAUGGCGACGAGAAGAAAAGUUACGGAACCAAAGAAGAGAGGUUGCAAAUGGAGCGACUCGACUGCCAAUCAACGGGGGCUUCUCAAACGGAAUGUAUCCUUCGAUCCACCAACAAAUAGGCACAAUGGCCGACUCAUACAGCUCAAUGCAGACCAUGCCUUCCUACUCGUUGUCCAGCAAUAAUAUACCAGCCAAUCCCGCAUGUCUACAGUCCAGUAACGCACCCUCCUACUCCUGCAUGAUACCAGAAUACGCACCCCGAAGUUACGAUCCAUUAUCAUUAAGCAACUAUCCCCGUCCAUCUUGUAACCCGGCAGCAGGCAUGCAGAGUCACAUGACCCACAACAACCAUGCUUCAGCGGCCUCUACCGGACUAAUUUCUCCGGGAGUUUCAGUCCCUAUUCAAGUACCAGGUGGAGGGCCGCCAGAUAUGAGUGCUCAUCACAUGGGCGCAAUGGCAUCCCAGUACUGGCGAGGACUGCAAUGACGUCAUGAAUAGAGUGUUAUCAAAUAUGGUGUCUAAACGUGACGAUCAAAUUAAUGCGGAAACUGUUCUUUGAGUGAUGUUAGAAAUGACAUGCAAAAGUAGCAAAGAAGGUGGUGUGAUUGAAUUCUUUCUAGAAACAAUUGAAGUGACGAUGAGUUGAAAAUUGCAGAUGAACAUUGCCGCCACGUUUUCUCGUUUGCCAGUAAAGUUAGUGCUCAGGAAAUCCCAUAUAGUAGUGACUAGUCAGUGCUCAAUGUUGCAGCAUACAACAUUUUGAAAUCCACAACUCAGCUACCGCACAAGCAUCGUAUAUUCAUUGGACAUUCCUUCUUAUCGUAAUCGUUGUUAAUUUAUCUUUUCCAUAUUACAAAUGAUCUGUUUAUAUAUUUGUAAAUGUAGGUUUAUUGCUAUGUAAUCUUUACGUGUAUUUGUUCAUGAAAGAAAGACAAUAGUGUUGUAUGGCUUUUUUCAUUACAUGUAGCUUUUCUUGACCUAUUUCUCGGAAGUGACGUCAUGAUAUGCAUUUAUUUUCUUAUUCUUUAUUUAUUAGACUGCGAAGUUUUAAAUGGCUACCGAUAAGUUUAGCAUCUCCUACCGCAAUUUAAUGUUUUGUUUCUUUUUUUUUUUUGUGUGUGUUGAUGGCAAAAAUGUUAGAAAUAUCUUGUCGUCCAUAAAAGUAAAAUCUAAUUCACUUUCAAAAUAUGAAAGUUGUUUAGUCAAAAUUUUAUUCAUGUUUAUUUACUGUUUAAAACAGAGCUUUAGAUCUGUUUUUCUAAAUAUGGAUGUUUGAAAUAUUUGUUAAACGAGAUUUAACCAGCAUAUACCUCGCUUAUUUGCAUAUUAGUGUUCAUUUGAUGCAGAAAGGUUGCGUUAUACUUUCAGGCAAAUGAAUUUAUUCUAAUUAGCAAUAAAGUUUAUUUCCAAAAUAAA